CCCAAAAUCCCCAAAUUUCCCCCAUUUACCCCAAUUCUAAAUUUCCCCAAAUCCCUAACAUUUCCCCAAACCCUUUCAUUUUCCCCAAAUCAAAAUCGAGCAUUCCAUCUGCCGUCGAAGACUCCGAGCCGACCACCUGUUGUGUUGCCAUCUCCUCUACUGCAUCUCUGUCACCAUCGGUCUCCGCUGUCGCAACCAUCGGAAAAAUGCGUAGAAGAAGAUUACAAAAUUUAAGUAUUGUCCAGAAUACUCCAAAUUCGGAAGAAGGAAAUAGUGAACAGCAGACAACUAUUCGGAAGAAAGAAAUAGUGAACGGAAGUCUAAUCUAGUCAAAAAGUUGGACGCCUUCAACUUUUUGACAUUACGCAUAGGAGGAAAGAUGGAUCUCCAAUGACAUCCGAAGCUGGAGAAAUUAUGGAGAAACUAAAAGAUAAGAAGGCAGAGUAUGAAGCGAUUGCUUCAACUGAUAGUUCUGUUAAUUUUGAAGACAUCGAUAACAAAAUUAUUAAUGAAGUUUUGGGUCCUGAAAGGUAUGGUCGGGUUCGAUUUCAAGGAUUUGGUGUUACCCCAACCCAAUAUUUUGGAUCCAGCUCGCAGCAAUACAUGCCUUCCGGGAGUCAAGCUCAAGCUGAAGUUCAGAGGUUAAGAGACCAGAUAACUCAGAUGCAAGCUAGCACAAUUGGACAACUUUCUCAACUUAGAGCGGAGGCAGCAACGAGGGAGGUAAAGGCAGCAGUGAGAGAGGCAAAGCAAAACAGAAAAUAUGAUGAACUCCAGCAACAGCUUCAGACUAUGAUGAAGAUGUCCCAGCAGUCACAAAUACCGCCAUCUUAGACAUUUGUUUUCUUCUAACUUUUAACAUUAUUGUAAGAAUAUUUUGAAUUAUAUUUCAUUUAUAAUUUAUAUCAUA